AUGCGUGAAGGAUUGACUUGUGAAGAAAUCAGCACAUUGGCGUCUUAUAUCGAAAGCGACCGUUCCUCUGUAUCGACCACACGCUCAUUAACCCACUCCAACCCGGCCAACAUCAACGCCAGCGACAACAAGCGCGAGCUUGCAUCACCACUCCACGUCCAAUCAACCACCCUACCACCUACUCCCAAAGUCGAAGCAGAAGAACUCCAGGAUCCUCCACCCUUUUCGUCGCACAACUUCCCGUCACUCUAUUUCCCGCCUCAGGACCAGCCUGCGCCGCCGCCCGACUUUGAAGAAGGCCCGUCGUCAUCGGCCUCGUCCCCGUUCUCUUCUGUUGUCGAAGACACAAAGGCCGCUCUUCCACCCGAUACCAAACCUCGUUCCGACAAGGCGCCCGACGACAGCGAACCUCCGCCGCCCUAUACCGAAGGUGCCAGUCCGCUCGACGGCUUCACUUACCUCAUGGCUCAAGCUGGAGGUGCUGCGAGCAUCAUCACCCAAGUCUCCCAGGGUGGUCCCGCUCCCAUCAACACUUUUAACGCUGCAUCCGAUGAGCACAUCAAUAUCGAUCUGAGAGGCACUCGCUUCACUCUCUCGCGCGAUGAGCUGCUCACGCUCCCCGAGUUCGUGCUGUUGUCGCUCUUCCCGAACGGACUCCUCCCCGAUGGCCACAUGAACUCGUUCCACGAGCCUGACGUCUAUCCCGUCGAUGUUAGUGCCGCCCCGCGCCUCAUUUCCUCCUUCCGUCCUCAAGACAUCGCUGCGCUACAACACAUUCUCCAAAAUCAUGAUGUAUAUUUAUCUGACUCGAUCUACUAUUCCCAGUAUGACCCCACUUCUCUGCAAUACAUGCUCGAAUUCUUCCGAUCCGUCGCCCAAACUAUCCCCACCUCCCCCACCGAUGACUCCCCAUCUCCGUUCUCUGCCGACCAAGGCCCCGUACCCAUUGAGCCCAUGCAGGGUAAUGCUAGAGACAUGCUGCAGGACAGAGCUGGUAUCAUCGUCUUGCGCGAAGACCUCGACUUCUACGUCAUCCCCCCGAGGCGCGACAUUGGUCACCCCGAGAUGGUCCAGGUCAAGCGUGCUGCUGGUCGCGCUUUGUUGAAGCAGAGUGGCAUCUUCAGUGGCCUCCGCAAGAGUGAGGAGCCUGGUACCACCGAGCAACAUCUUAUUGAGAUGCUGACUGCUGGUGGCUUCAACCACGACGAUACCUGGGGUCACCGUGCUGGCGAGCCCAACAAGGCUGUCAUCUGCAGUAUCGCCCUUGCUCGUCUGCGUACCGAUGUCCGUGGCGAUGCCAACUCCAACGCUGUCGGCAUGGCUCAGAAGCUCCUUCUGUUCUGGCGCAAGCCUGCUCGCCGCUGCUGGUGGGAAGGCGUUGACCUUGAGAAUGUUGAAGGUAUCGACGGCACACUCAAGGUCUGGAUCCGCAGAGUCUGGACCCUCGAGAUGAGCGUUAUUGGUCUUCGCUGAGCGCUGCCAAGAAGCCGCCUCGCCCAUUUCUUAUUCCAAUUUCCUACCUUCGAUUCGACCACUCAUACCCCGAUAACACCGAACUUCUUUUAUUCAUGUUGUUUCUUCCUUGUUCUUUUUACAGCUCAUCGAGAUCGAGCACGUCACCCCACUGCGCACAGUCUGGACCCAACAACGCAUUUUUCUCAUCUGGGUAUCAUGGUUCACGGACGCGUUUGUUUUUGCGCAUCAAAACUCUUUCUUGGUAUCGAGAUGGCAUUUUCGUGGCAGUCUUGUUCACAUCGGCUGUUAUUCUCCCAUCACACAUGUUUUCUCUUGUUUCUGUCUCCAGGGAGUCUUUUCUUAAAUUCAAUCCGUUGUUGUUUUCUUGUUUCCUUUCAUGUUUUUUCUUAUUGAUACCAGAAAAUAAUACUUAUUUCUUGAAACAUUGCCGG